AUGGCUCUCCUAAACCCGACCUUUUUACUCGGCCUCGUCGUCCUCGUGUACCUGUCGUCCUUCGUCCUCUUUGCUGUCAUUCGAAUCCUCACCGGCAUAUCCAUUCAGCGAGUAGGAUACCUGUCCCUGCGAAGACUCGCCUACACCCCUAAGGAUGGCUGUACGGUGGAGAUUCGCAGUCUGGGCCUCCACAUCCAUCGCCCGACCUUUGCGCAACCUACAUGGCUAAGUGUCGUCUUGAACGAGCUUGUAGUCACUCUCAACGUACAGGAGCUGGAGGGAAACAAAUCUCCCCAGGGCACCGAUGAAGCGAACGCGACAAGUACCGAGUCCGAGCCUUCCGAGCGCUCUAUUCCUGCGAAGCGCCGUCCGAUGCGACGCGAUGAAGAUACCGAUCCACGACGCGAUCCCUGGAAACAGCUAUCGAAAAUUAAAGACAAAAUCAAGCGAAUACACAGAAUGGUGAAAUGGCUACGAAUGAUUGACGUCGUUGCGACCAACUCUACGAUUCACGUUGUCGAUGUGGGCAAUAUUCAGGUCGGUAGCAUUACUCUGGCAGUCGACACGCGAAACAAGAAGGUAGACCGCGCCAGAUUCUUUCAUCAAAAGUCGACAUACUACAAGCACGGCCACCAAGCUGAGUGGAUUGUGACCGUCCGCAGCGUUCUCUUCACAGCGGAUGGAAAUGAGUCGCUGGAAAUUCUGGACAAUGCGCUUCUUGAGGUGCAUGGCUUCAUUCACCAUUCAAGGGAAGGCCUACGUGAUGCCACCGUCGCACUCAAACUUGGGCGUGUUCACAUUCCAUACGAUGACUUGGAGCUUUGCAUCUCGCAUUAUCAUCGAUGCCGCAGACGGGCCACUUUCUACGAACCCAAAGGCUCCGCCGACAUCUCCAUUCGGACCCUGCGGCAGCGAUCAGACAUUGAAGAAAAGGACGAAGGUAGCGAGGAGCUUCCCCAAGCCAAACGAGGAUCCCACGAUUUCUUCAACUCUAUUCUCCAUGGAAUCAAAGAGAUCCAAUUUGCUGUCAGCUUCAUCAGCAUAAACAAGAGAGCGCGCUCGGUGCAACCAAACGCGCAGCCAGUUUUGGUCAGUGCUUCUAUGAAGGAAUUUGGUGUCGAUCUUCACAGGUUGGAUCCAAAGUCGCCUUCUCACAGAAUGUACUUUCCCCCCACGGACGUUGCUCACGAGGGACUGGCUGCGGCGCUCUCUCUGUCUAUUGGUAUCGACGACGGCAACGGAAGACCGGAGCGCCUCUUGUACAUUCCGAUGGCUACGACAACGGUUCGCACGACUCUUCCCUCCAAAACGGUGCAGCUAUCAGAUGAAGACCAUGAUAGCGUGGAGGAGAAGAAUGCUAAUAUUUUGUUCGCCAAUUCUGUCGUCACCUCACCUUCCGUUGAUCUUGAUCCCGCACAUCUCCCACUCUUGAUUGCAUUGCUGCAACCGAGACCAAAAUCCCCCAAAGCGACUCGCGAUACCCGCAGCAGCCUCAUGUCACGGUUCCUGCCUAAAGCUAAUAUGAAGUUUUCGCUACAUGAGCCUGUUAUCCGCAUAAAACUCAAGACGCUCGAAAAGACCGAUGAUCCCGAUGACUUUGAUCUCAUCAUAUCGUCCAUAUCGUCCAUCUCCCUCGACGUCGAGUCAUCCCACUCUCCGCUUGAGGACAUGCAUUAUUCUUUGGAUGGUGCUAUGCGUAUCCAGUCGCACCAGCUAUACUACCAUACCCACUCCGGAGAACGAUUCAACCUGAUUACUACAGAAGCCACAGAACUCAAAGUACAUCUUGCCGCCAAUCCUGAUGUAUCUGUCGAAAUCAAUGGAGUCAUUUCCUCCAUGGCGGUCAGCAUGGUGCGACCAGAAAUCACCGAUGGUAUUCAUCAAAUCAUUCGUCAACUCCGCAUGGAUGUUGAGCCUGAGAAGCGAGCUACUCCUAAGAGCGUCAAGCAUAGGAAUCUCCUGCGUCGAGCACCAGAUUGGCUUCUUCGCUGCCAUCUUGAAGCAAAAGACUUUAAUGUUGAAGUUGCUGGUAUCGACGAAGAUAUUUCAGACGACACUCGUGGCGUAUCUCUGCACCUCGACACGGUCGCCGCCGAGUAUCGCGCUCACCGCUUAGAUGGACUGCACCGUCGUUUGCCCAGGAGAAGAACUCAUAGCAGAUCUAUCACGCAGUCCGACUCGGACAUCACACCAUCCGCUUCGCCGCGUAUCAGACGCAAGGGUCAAACACACGGCGAUGGAAGAAGGCUGUCUUUCAACGUCAAGGGUCUCGAGGCCCAAAUUAUGGAGGAUAUAGACCGGUUGGAGGUCGAGCCAUUCGUGAAUAUUCCUCGUUUCGAGGUCCUGCUUUCCGCAGCAAGCGACAAUCAUGGCCCCAUGUUUAACGUGCAGGUGUCAGUGCGCACGAUAAUGAUGCAAUAUUCACUAUUUCGUCAUUACUCAGUCGGUGUCGCUGCACUGACCCUGAAGAAGGCUUUUAUGAGGCCCGGACGAGAAGCUCCACGAGCGCAUGAACCCUCACCCUUUAGAGCAAAUCGCCUCGCUCCACCAAGCCGUUCCGGCGCAGAUUCAUCAACCGCGCCGCCGGAAUUGGUCAUCCUGGAUGUCAAGGCUGCGCUGGUGCAGCUCAAAGCCGAGCUACCUCAUGACCCCCUUAUCAUGCUGCGUAUUUAUGGGUUGGAGGCGGGACGACACAGAUGGUCUACACCGUAUAUGACGUCAACUCUUAUUCGCCUCUAUGUCCAGCCUCCAAGAAUGCCAAAUGUUUGGGCCCGCAUGGUUGGCAUCAAAACCGGUCGCCUUGAUUUACGAGAAACUAGGCAUAAGACAGCAAACGGACCUGUUGUUGAAGAGCGACUCAUUGACAUCUCUACCGAUGCAAUUCGAAUCGCGGUGCCCCACGAAGUAAUUGUCGCUCGCAUCAGCGACAAUAUCGUCAAUGUUGUCAAGUCCGUUCAGCAACUUCACCAUCGCUUCAAGACUGGGACCAACGAGUAUAUCCUCGAGAAGAAACCUGAAGGACCGAAGAGUGUUCCAAAGAUCGCUGUUCGCUCGCGCAACUUUUUGUUCGAAAUCGAAGACGGGGCCUUUGAGUGGAAGCUGGGUAUGAUAUACCGCGCUGGGCGCCAAGAGCAAGUACAGCGCUUAGCUCGUGAAGAGGCUUUCAACCUGAAAAUCAAGAAAGUCCAAGAGGAAGAAGCACGACGAGGCGGUAGCAAACUCCGCUCUCGAUCCACAUUCGUGCGCGGCCGGGUCGACAAUAGCUCAACAUCUUGGUUCCGAAACCGCAGUGCAGACCCUUAUCGCCAUGAUCGUAGAGCACGCUCCCCGCGUCGGGCCGGUAUCCCUACUUACGACCCAGAAGGUGGCAAUCGGACCGUCAGUGGCGACGCAAAGAUUAGUGAAAAUGAUGCUCGCGCCCAUCUGGACAUGUUCAAUGCCCAGUCAUGGAAGAAGCGGAUCGACCAAGCAUGCCGAAUGUCACAAGAGAGCAUUCGCGAGCUUCGAGAUACGUUCUGGGGACCUAACCACCUCCCUGAUGACAUUCAAGAAACCGAGAAUAUUUUGGAGGUACCCCCGCGGCCAGCCCUCAUGUCUACAAUGAUUUCCGAUCUUCACGUAGUCAUCGACAAGCCUACAUUUGCCAUGAAAGACCUACCGGAUUUCCUUUACAAUGUCGGCAAGGGGAUGCCCCGCGACACGAAAUACGGCCUCCUAGUCCCGAUGCACAUUGCAAUCAACAUGAACGAGGCUAGGGUGAGCUUACGAGACUACCCACUUCCAGUGCUGCACAUACCGUGUCUGAAGGCUGGCCAAUCCUCAAGACAGCCCUCUGUCUCUCUGAAAACAAACUUUGUGUUGGCCGAAGAAUUCCGUGGUAUCGAAUCUACAAGACGAGUUCGUGUCAAUGUCGUGCCGCCCAAGAGCAGCGACCCUACUGCUUCUAACGAAGGUGGCUUUGCAAUCGAGGUACGACGAACGAUGGGACCAGUCAAGUCCUUCACAGAUGUCGCGAUGGACAUCAAUACAGCUUUGCCUACCCGGAUUACAUGGAGUCCCUGCUACCAACCCGCCAUUCAAGACAUGAUGAUGGCCAUCGAAUCGUUUACUAAGCCCCCUAUUGACCCAUCCGAGAGGGUCGGUUUCUGGGACAAAUUAAGACUGAAUUUUCAUUCGCGAAUUCACGCGGCUUGGAAGGGCGACGGCGAUGUACACCUGGCGCUCAAGGGAACUCGUGACCCUUACCAGGUUACUGGCAAUGGUGCUGGUUUCCUCAUGUGCUGGCGCAAUGACGUUCGCUGGAAUAUCAAUGCAGACGACAAUCCGAAACAGUUCAUGACGGUAGACAGUGGAGAGUAUGUGCUGGCUGUACCUGAUUAUAGUCACCAAGUCCGCGAAUCGGCCAGAAGACGAAUCGAGGAUGGCAGCCAUCUAGCCGAAGACAAUCUAAGACAGGCGACAGCGUUCAAAAAAGUCAUUAUGAAACUUUCGGGCAAAGUACAGUGGCUAGCUGGUUUGGUAUUCGAAAAGGAGAUCGAAAACGGACACCGCAGCUUCGAUUUUAUUCCGCACUACAAUGUUGUGCUGAAGAACCCACACUUUGCUCACAGCGAGGGAGAUCUUCCCUAUGACGCUUUCCGCGGCUUCAGGAGUCGCCACAUCCAUCUGUCCAUCGCUGUACGAGCCCCUGUCGACCGCGAAUGGAUGUCCUCAAAUCCGGUGCCAUCGCGAAGCUACAACACCAUUCAUCUAUCGCCGCGUUUCUUCACGCACUUCUUCACCUGGUGGGGCCUCUUUAGCCAACCCAUGUCCCUUCCUAUUAGGCAAGGCAAUCUCUUCCCUGGUCGAGAGAAGAGUAGCAAAAAGUUUGGCAGACAUUUGGCUACAGUCAAGUAUAGUAUAUUGCUCGCGCCCCUUUUCUUGAGCCAUAUUUACAAGCAUAAGGAUGCAGAAGACUAUGCCCAAAAUGAAGCUGUGUCGGCUACAGGGUUGAAAGUCCGUUUCGACAGUUUUAUGCUCGAUUUGCAUCAGCGGCGAGAGGAAUUCAACACCCUGGCGAAAACAAAUAACUCUCCUAGCAGGACGUCGGGCAUCAAAAUCCACGCCGGCCACCUAGAUCUCGCAGCUGCAGAUAUCCGCGCGGUAUCGGCAAGCUUGAAGGGCACCACAACUGAAGCGAUUAAGAAGGGUUCCAUUUCAUCACUGAUUACGGACCAGGAUGAUAAGCCUGAUUUAUCUCACUUCACCAUCCCUGACGAUGACUUGAGUUGGAUUGAUAUGGACGAUUUUGUUGAGCUAGACUGGAUUUUGCCAACGGAGGCGCAUCCCGACACCCAAAUUCUUCCUUUGGCGUACGCUCCAAGAUUCACAUACUUCCGGCAGACAGAUAUUGGGGGAGUCAUCUCAGGCGAUCCGACCCGAACCAGUCCAUUUGGAAACGAGCCGACUCACUUUUGUCUACUAAGCCAAGAAGAUGACAACAAAAAGGUCCAAAUGGAGCUGAUACAAGAGCGGCUUGAUCAAUUGGAACUUCAAAUGCUGUCUCAUUCGCGUAACGUCGGCGAGGCUGAACUGAAGCUUGUGCAGGCUCCAACCAAGGAAAGCAACCUUGUCGAUGACUGCGAGGCUCUCAAACGACACACCGUCGUUCUCAAGGAUAAGAAGGCGUUUCUGGAGAACAUGCUGGAGCAAGUUCGGACCAAGAUUCGAGGCAGUGGCUGCCACUUUUCCCCCUUGUAUACUGACCGUGGCCCGUCGCCGGAUGACUCGAGCAGUGAGGAGCAAGUCAUGGACAUCCCGACCACAUCUCACUUUGAAAGUGAAUUCAAUAAUCGGUUUGUCAUUCAUAACAUGCAGCUGAAAUGGAACAACCUGCUCCGGAACAUUGUGUUGCGCUACAUUCACCAAAACGGCCAGAGACGAGGUUUUGUCUACUACCUUUCACGACGUGCAAUCAAAUUUAUUCUGGACAUGGUGGAUGAGCAAAACAAAACAAAGACCACCAGUCAACCGUCGAAGUUUCCAGCGACGCCAGCUGCCAACUCCACCCCAGAUACACACAACGGAAAGCAAGCGCCCCAGGAUUUGGAGGACCGCAUUAGAAGCAUCCUUGAGGAUGGAAGAAGAUUCUCUGCCACGUCCAAUUUUCUGCCCAAUGAGGAUGGAUCCAUCAGCGGCACCAUUGAAGAUCUCGAAUUUGGUAUUUCCAAGGACUUUAGCCCACAGAACAGUUACCAUGUGCGGCUUAUCGCGCCUCAGAUCCAGUUGCAGAGUGAGAAGAACAAGAAGCAUGUGGUUCUUAUCACUGCCAAGGGUAUGGAGCUCAAGGUUGUGGAAAUCAUGGACAAGGACCGCAUCUCUGAUACUGUCAGCGGCCUGAUCCAACGCAGGUUUCUCGUCAAUAUGGACAGCACUCAAUUUUUUGUCACGCAUCAGAAAUGGUUCCAGACUCACCUGGUGUCCAUGUAUGCCGGAAGCAGAUAUGGCACGCCUGGUGGCUCAGCUUGGCCACCAUGGGUUCCCAUGGAAAUUAUGUUUGACUUCCAAGCAGACCCCUUUGGCUUCAAACGUGUGGUCCAGAAGACGUCUGCAAUGCUUCGAUAUGACAAAUACAACACUCUUCGUUUGAAGUACAACGCGGAGGUUAGCACGGAAGAGAAUGGCAAUUCGGACGAACAAGCAACAGAGUCCAGGACAGAUAAUCUCUGGGUUGAAUUCCCUCAAGUCCGCGCACUCUGCAAUUCGUCGCAAUACUAUGCCAUGUACGUUAUCGUGCUCGACUUGCUGAUGUACAGCGAACCGCUUGAAAAGACGAGAAGUGAGCGACUGGAAAAGAUCAUGUUGGCAUCGGACUUUAGCGACCUCAGCGGGGCACCGGCAAUGGUGAUGAAACUGCAGGAGAGGAUCAAGCAGCUGGAAGAAAUCAAGAUGCACUUCCAAGUGUACUCCAAGUACCUUGACAAAAGAGGCUGGGAAGAGCGGCUGUACUUGGAGCGUGAUCUGGCUGCGUGUGAGGACGAGUUGUUCUUUUUGAUGAAGGCUAUUACAACGUCUCAGCGCAAAUACGACGUGAAUGCAGAUUCGACACCGUUGGUCAAGUGGAGCAUUGCAGCUCGUGAGAUUGUUUGGCAUCUCAUGCAGAAUACAAAUGAGCCACUGGUGGAGAUGCAGCUGAAGGACAUUGAAUACGACCGAACCGACAACUCGGAUGGGUCGCAUAUGAAUCUGAUUCGUGUCAAAAAGAUUCUCGGACUGAACUUACUCAAGGACGCAACGUAUCCGGAGAUUAUUGCGCCGUAUCUCGAUGGCAAAACCAAGGAUGGAAACAAGGACAUGAUUCGUGUAUACUGGCAUAUGCUUGAGGCUAUCGCUGGCAUUCCAGUAAUGGAUAGAUUCGAAGUGAAUCUCGUCCCAAUCAAGGUUCAGUUGGAGCGAGAAGCUGGGCAACGUCUCUUUGAGUACAUUUUCCCUGGUAUGGACGGUGAAAGGUCCUCUGGAGGCAAGCACGAGACGCCGGCCAUAAUCAAAACGGAAGCCGACGAUGACGAUAGCGAGUCGCUUGCAAGCUCAACAGGUAGAGUAGGGACGCCGGGUGGAUUGACGGCCGACAAGGAGUCCAAUUUCUCGACGCGUCCUGGGUCGCUGGAGUUGCGACUUCGCCCUACGCUCUCUUCGCUCGGACCUGAGGAAGACCCAAAGCCCAACAAGGCGUUGAGUGUGCACUCUACCGAGAGCCAGAGCGGCUUCCGCCUGUUUCGGUCCAGCGGAACUGGCAAGACGCUCGUUAAGAAGUCUUCCCAUGAUUCACUACGAUCUGGACGGCCGGGCGCUCUUGGGCGAGCUCCAACAGGCCUCUCCAUUAAGGACGGUGGAGGGUCGGAGGCUAAGAAGACGUCACGUUUCAACAAGAGCAAGAAGGUUGUCGACAAUGCCAAGCAAUCGGAUGAUCUUACCAAGAUGAUGGAUCGUGCCAGCAAUUACAUGACUUUUGCACACAUCAAGAUGCCAUCGGUGGUCUUGUGUCUCAGCUACAAGGGCAAAGAUCAGCGCAACUUUGAAGACGUGCACGACUUUGUGUUUAGGCUUCCGACGCUGGAAUGGCAGAAUAAGACGUGGUCGAAUUUGGACCUUGCCCUAGCGUUGAAGAAGGCGGUUAUGAAGGCGCUCAUCUCGCACACGGGGGCGAUUAUCGGCAACAAGUUCUCCAAGCACCGUCCCAACGCUGAGCAGAGAAGCAAACUGCGCGAGAUGGCCAACAGCUCGGUGCUGAUUGCUCCUCUUACCACGAGCGGAGCAGCGUCAACGUACGCUGGCAGCAUCAACGACAGCGACGAUUCGUCCAGCCUGUACGGCGCGUCUCCGGUCGACUAUUCCCGAUCGCCGCCGCAGUCGCGUGGCAGCACCCACAACAGCAUCAUGCCGUUCCAGCGCUCGGAUAGCCGCAGCAGCAGCAUCAGCGGCCUCAGUCAAACGGCGGGUGGCGGAAACAUUCCCGCGUUCCUGACCAUGACGCCGCCGACGCCGGUAGAGGGGAGAAACGCCGAGGGCAGUGGCGGCUUUGGACUGGGGAUCGAGUACCUGCGGCCGUCUUCUAGCGGGGGUGUGCCGGGCUCGUCGCACCGGCGGCUGCUCCGGAAUCUUCCGUCGGGGGACAGCCGGCCGGCGACGAGCGCGAGUAAUUUGACAGGUGGCCAUGCGGAGAGCGCGACGCAGGCGCCGGGCGAGGGACGGCGUAAGAGCGGCGGCGUGGGCGGCCUCAAGGGCAAAAUGAGCCUGUUUGGACGCAAGAAUCAUAGGGAGAGCUCGGGCAAGACGGAAGACGACGAGUCGGGCGACGAGGAAAAGAGCCCCCGUAGCAAGCGAUUGAGCUGGGCGCAAGGCCGGACAAAGACGGGCUAG